AUGCCCCAACUCAGCGGCGGAGGCGACGACCUGGGAGCCAACGACGAGAUGAUCGCCUUUAAGGACGAAGGUGAGCAGGAGGAGAAAAUCCAGGCCAACGUCUUCACCGAGGGGGACCUGGCUGACCUCAAAUCAUCCCUGGUGAACGAGUCGGAAAGCAGCAUAAAUACAAAUGGCCAGCCACCUCCAUCCCUUUCUCUCCCCUCGCCUUUGCAGGCAAUCCGGCGGCUGCAGGAGCCUCAGAGGGUCUACGCGGAGAAACUCCCGGAUCACUUGGACGAGGGUUUAAAACAUCAGGACCCAGGGAUGUAUAAAGGAUCUCCUUAUUCUGGAUACCCUUUCCUCAUGCUGUCUGAUCCUUACCUGCCAAACGGAUCUAUGUCACCUUUGUCUAACAAGGUUCCCGUAGUACAGCCAUCUCAUGGGGUCCAUCCACUCACUCCACUCAUCCCAUAUACCAAUGAACAUUUCAGCCAUGGCUCCCACUCACCACACCUGCCAGCCGACAUCAACCAGAAACAAGGUGUACACCGUCCUUCUCAAACAUCAGAUAUUUCUGGUUUUUAUUCCCUCCCACCCAGUGGGGUUGGACAGAUAACACCUUCUGUGGGAUGGCAGAGCCAGCCUGUCUGCCCUUUCCAGUCAUGUGGAUUUAGACAGCCUUAUACGUCGGCGCUCUCUGCUGGGGCUACUUUCUCCAGGAUUACACAUCCUUUGAUGCUUAGCUCUGGAAUGCAUGCGACAGGCCUCCCACACCCAGGCAUCACAUCUCCAUCUGGGAAACAAGAAAUGGAUCAUUACGACCGAAGCAUGAAAUCACAAUCAGAACCAAAAAGAGAAAAGGAAGCUAAAAAGCCUACCAUCAAGAAGCCUUUGAAUGCUUUUAUGUUGUACAUGAAAGAAAUGCGGGCAAAGGUCAUUGCUGAAUGCACCUUGAAGGAAAGCGCCGCGAUCAACCAAAUUUUAGGAAGACGGUGGCACGCAUUGUCACGGGAGGAGCAAGCCAAGUAUUAUGAACUGGCCCGCAAGGAAAGGCAGCUUCACAUGCAACUCUAUCCUGGCUGGUCUGCAAGAGAUAACUAUUCUUCUUCAGGCUCUCCAUCCCGUGAUCACAUACAGUUUAAUUCAGGGCCCCUGGAAUUCAGCAGCACUUCCUGGCCAGCUUCUGCGGCAAGGGGAAAAAAGAAAAGACGAACAAGAGAAAAGCAGCAAGACUCCAAUUCAGAUCCUGCCUCUCCUAAGAAAUGCAGAGCUCGUUUUGGCCUCAACCAACAAAUGGACUGGUGCGGCCCAUGCAGGAGGAAAAAGAAGUGCAUUCGGUACCUACAAGGAAAAGGACACUGCUCCAGCCCAGUUUCUUCCAAUGGAAGUACUAUAGAUUCCCCUCCCUCCCCUUUGGAUGUGCUCCAGUGUACAUCCCCUGCUUUUAUUCCAAACAAGCUCGCUGCUCCUGCUGAUCUUAUACACCAAAACCAAGCCAAUCCUUCUCCUUUAUCUGCACAUCUCAAAACUGCUACAAGCACAUCGGGACUUCCUUCUAAAUGUUCAACAGUGCCUCAUAAAUCCAUAGUGCCAAGUGAAUCCUCAGGGUGCAAUAUGGUAUCAAUAGGAACAUAGUAGUAAUGUGACAAUAAGGCGCACAGAUUCAUCAGGCACUUUGCUGAUUGGUUCUGCUGCAUACAGAAGCUACAGAGAGACAACUUCAGCGUGCCAUCAAAUGGUAGUCUUAAAGUCAGUCAAAAGCCAAAUCAGAAAACAACAAUACUGCAGCACUAAAAGUGUUGUCUAAAGUAAGGACAUCAACAGUCUCUUUGAAAAGUAUGAAGAUAAACUUAAUUCUGGUCAGUAACUGAAUUACUUAAUUCCUUUUCCAACUGAGAUAAAAACAAAAUACACUGAUUUAAUUGCAGAUGAGAGGUGCUACAAACAUUAAGGCAUUUAUUAAACUAUUAUAGUCAAAGUCCUGAGUUUCAGCCAUCCAACAGAUAUUACACAUUACAAAACCAGUAUUGAGUGACAAGCUCAAACGUUCCACAGAAAAAGUAUAAAGCAACUUGUAAGAAACUAAAAUAUUUAAUUAUGCCUCAUCUUUGGGAUCAAGGAAUGAUGGCAUUAAUAAAUGUUUAAUCCAGCAGCUUUAUUAGGUGAUAAAAUAGGAGAAAACAUUGGCUGUGAAAGUCUGUCUAGUAUUCCAGACAUAGGGCUGUGUGCAUCACAAUUUUUUAGCUGUAAAGAUUUUUUUAUGCUAUCUACUGUAAAAUAUGCAAAACUCAAAAAUACUUAUUUUUCACAGGUUACCGUGCUUUUGCUAUGUAAUGAAUGGGAAAUAAGAAAACGAUAUAAGUUGUGCCUCUAUAAUCACUAAAAAAUUACUCUGCAGUCUUUGUGGCUUUUUAAAAGCUUGCCAAGAUAUACCCACCAUCUCUUCCAAGCCAAUUGUGAUAGCACACUCUGCCUAUAGAGUCAUUUCUACAACUGCAAUAUUGAAGCCUAGUCAUAUUCUUCAUUCUCUCUAUCCCUUUUGUCCGUUCUACAGGGAAGAUAUUUAUUUGAAAGUUAUACGUUUCCCCAGAGCCCAAUUCAUUUUCAGUGCUAAGUAAAGUUGAUUGCUUUGAACUUUAACCAUGUAAUCAACACAGAUGGUCCCUUUCUGGUGCUUACUUUAGGGAUGGUAGUUUUCUCAGAGGACAAAUUUAGAGUCACACAUUGAUACCAACCAAUCCCAACAUACUGAGAUAACAUCAAUGGAAGUACUGAGCUACUGGACAAAGGAUAGGAAAAUUCAUAAUGUGGAGUAACUGAAAUGGGUGAGUCACUUCAUUAUCAAUGAUAAAGUAGAUCCCUAUCACCUUUACAAUGGUAUUUCAACAAACCCUACAUUAACCUUUCUGGAAAUCAAAGGAAGGUUGCAAAAUAACAGCCCUGAAGAGUUUGCAACCCACUUCUCUAACUUUAUGGGCUUGAAACUAAACCACUUCACUCCAUAUGAAAGGACCUUAAUACAUCUGAACAUGGGUGUUAGCAUUAACAUGACUGGCUAGCAUGGACAAAGAAUAUAUAAUUCCCUUUUUUUUUUCUAAUGUGGCAUGAACUGACAUUAAAACCUAUCAAUUCACCACUCGUAGAGCAUGACAGAUUACUAGCCCAAACACGUCUCUUGCAGAACUUGUGAGCAAAUGAAUGAUUAGUGGUUUCUCUUAUAAUACAUCUUAAGCUCACUGCUGUAAUCACUGUUAGGAUAGAUGAAUCAAAAGUACCUUUUUCAAUCAACAAAACUUGUAACUAAGGCAAUCUCAUAAAAAUCUAGCCUUUAUUUGGAAUAAGAUAUUUUUCAAUUAAAGACUGAUUUUGCAUUACUUUUUUCAUCUCUUUUUUUUAACUAAAGCUCUAUUCUGAAAUAUUCUUAGACAAUUUUUUACUGUUUAUGAUAUCUCCUUGGGCAAAAUCCAAUAUUGCACAGGUGGAAGAUGGCUUGCACAAUGAAUUAUUCUCUUGUGCUAUCACUCAAUCCCUCCCAGAACAGAUGUGGUGGGGGAG